AUGAAUGGGUCUAAUGAUCAGUUUCUGAUUUCCCUUGGAAUUGAAUCAAGUGCAAACAAGGUGGGAGUAGGGAUAGUGACAUCUAAAGGGGAAAUUCUAGCAAAUGAAAAAAUGACUUAUGUGGGACCACCUGGUUCGGGAUUUUUACCCAGAGAAACUGCUGAAUUUCAUAAAAAUAACAUUUUACAUUUGGUUAAGCUUGCUUUGGAAAAAUCAGGAUUAAAUAAAAAUUCAAUUUCAAUCAUUUCAUUUACACAGGGGCCAGGAAUGGGUGCACCUUUAGCAGUUGGAGCCCUAGUUGCAAGAAUGUUGAGUAGGCUUUGGAAGAAGCCUUUAAUUGGUGUUAACCAUUGCGUGGCACAUAUUGAAAUGGGAAGACUUGUGACCAAAGUUGAAAAUCCCAUAGUACUUUAUGCGUCAGGAGGGAAUACCCAAAUAAUAGGUUAUUCUAAUAAAAGAUACAAAAUUUUAGGAGAAACUUUGGAUAUUGCAAUUGGGAAUUGCAUUGACAGAUUUGCAAGAAUCAUGAAACUUGAAAAUUAUCCUGCUGCAGGAUACCAUAUUGAACAAAUGGCGAAAAAAGGAAAAAAUUUGAUUUCACUACCUUAUGUCGUUAAAGGUAUGGAUUUAUCAUUUUCCGGAAUCCUGACAUUCGGAGAAGAACUCAUCUCAGAAAAACAAAAGGAACUCAAAAAUAAUGAACAAGAAUUGCAAUCUUUUUAUCAAGAUUUCUGCUUUUCUUUACAGGAAACUCUUUUUGCAAUGUUAAUUGAAGUUACUGAAAGAGCAAUCAGUCUGUUGGACUCAGAUUCAAUACUAUUAGUGGGAGGCGUGGGAUGCAAUUUAAGGUUAAUCGAAAUGAUGGAACAAAUGGCAGAGGACAGAGGAGCUAUCGUAUGUAGUAUGGACGAUAGUUAUUGUAUUGAUAAUGGAGCAAUGAUUGCUCAUACAGGACUAUUAGCAUACAUGAAGAAUAUUACUACAAAAAUAGAAGAUUCUGCGGUAUCUCAAAGGUUUAGAACCGAUCAGGUUGAGAUAUUAUGGAGAAAGUAA